AUGAGUACGAACACUUCUCCUAUGGCUCAGGUUCGAGUUGCAUGCGACGUAUUUAGAUGUUCCAAGACAUUCCGAAGCAGCUACGAGAUGAAGCGGCAUAUGGAGGAGCAACAUGAAGAUCCUAAGCGCUGUCCUUGGUGUCCGCGAGAAGAACGAAGAUUUUCAAGACUUUGGGAACAUAUGGAAGAGUCACAUCCCAAAUCGCAGAGGCCAGCGAAAAAGAAGACACAGCAGAAGAAGUUGGGGUUGGCCAAAGAAGCGGAUAUAAAGCCGACGAAAGCAGCAUCUGUCAAUCCUCGAUUGGAUUUCGAACAUUUUGAGACGGACAAUGUACGCGAUGCAACGUCCCUACGUCUGUCAUCGACUUCGCAGGCUUCGCCCGACCUCUCGACCGUCUCAGGGGCUGCUGCCAAUCAAAUCGACCUAUCGUCGUGCCUUGCACCGAGCAACGAACAGUACACAGGUUCCGGGCAUGGAAGUGCACAAGACAUGGCAGUUUACAUACAAGACCAUUACGACGUGACCAUGGCAGACGCCGGAACGUGGCAACGACUUGGUGUUGGAGGAGCAAAUGAUAGCACUUUCAUUUAUCAACAGGAUGCUCAAGAACUAGUGGCGGUGUCCAUCUGGGACAAGUACUGCCCUUGA